UGGCUGCAGCCACGCUAUCAUAGACCGUGCGGCAGCCAAGCACAAGUCACGUACAUACAUAUAGAUGUACAUGUAUCUACACUGAGUUAUCGGUUGUGUGGAUAUUUCUCGGUAGCUGUUGGACGGGUUUCUGAAACUUUCUUCCCCAGGCAAGUUGGAUCGACUGAGACUCGCUCGGUAUUUGGAUAAAUGGCAUGAUAUUGACCCAGCUAGGGUCUGUUUGCCUACGUUGUCAUUUGGCUGAUCCUGUUUGGCAUGCUGCCAACAACUGGAAAAGUCACGGCAACCAAACCUUGGGUGUUGUGAAACUGUGAAGCGUGUACACAUGUACAUGUACAUGUACAUGUACAUGUAUGUGUACUAGUUCAUGUACAUGCAUGGCACAGUGGUCUCCAUAUUCUGAAUUUUACAGAGGUUCAAAGAGGCCAUCUGUGAGAGUCAUCUUCCAGGAAGUCAGAUCCCGUGAUAGUUCCACCCUGACCAUGAACUGUGGCAUAUGCCGCACAGACAUGUAUGCAAGCUGGUACAUGUACCCUAUGCAGGCUGGUACCCCUACAUGACACAAUUGACAGUAUUUCUUUGUAGCAUGACAGGGAUGUGGUGUGCUGGUAGUUCUCUGAAUUGUUUGUACAGUCUGCAGUUUGCAAAGUACCAUUGGAUUGAUGUGGGGAUACAUGUACAUGAAGUGUACAGAAGUGUGCACGUGUCGUGUCAAGCAAGGAAGUCAACACUCAAACACAGGAAUCGUGAUGCAUGAUUGCGGGCCACAUAUUUUAGAGGUACCAUAACUCAGGGUGGUAUGUAGUGCAGUGGUCUGAAUUGAGGUACUGCACAUGCUCAGCAUUCCGACAAGGACAAGGGACCAUUUGCUGUUUGGAAGGUCAGAGAUUAUCAAGUGCAGUGUUAUCAAAGUGAAAGUGGAUUAGUCGCAACACAUACAUGUAUACAGAGAGGCAUCCCACAGCAGGAAGAACGUGGUUUUUCAUAUCUUACCGAUUGCUUGACAGGAAGAGUUGGAGUGGCUUGUGUUUUUAUGGGAUUCAGAGACUGUUUUGAUCGGCUUUAAAGAGGUAGAAAUGUGAACUCUGUCAGGUGUAUGGAACACCAGCUGUGCAAGGAUUUGUAGCUGCAUCCAGGAGAGAGAGAUCAGGGUAAGCUACCUGUCAUGGGUCUGCCCGUUGAUUCCAAUCUGGCACCCGACACAAGGGACACAGCCAACCGUAGCUAUUCAUCUCAGAGCAGUGAUGACUGUUCGCUCUUACGCAUCACCAGCAUCACGUCCAGCGUGAACACCUGCAGCAGAGGCAGCUUUUCCCAGUCCUCCACUACCCCUCUCCUGCUUGGGUCGCCCAUGCAGGGGCACCUUCCUCAGCCCUCUGUAGCCAGCCCAGCAUCCAGCUGUCAGCUCUGCUGCCGCUGGGACAGCCUCAGCGAAGAGGAGAAAUUGAAAGAGUUGGUGAGGACGGUGUUCAGACAACCAGACAGCAUCCGUUGGCAGACCCCCACGCGAAGAGUGAAAUUGGAGCGAAAUGGCAAAGGAUCACUUGGUUUCAAAUACACAAAUGUCAAAGGAAAAAUAUCCUCGUACACACUGAUCUCCGAGGUGUUCCACGAUGGAUCGUCUUUUGGAAUAGUUGGUGUGGGAGAAUGUAUCCUUUCAGUCAAUGGACAACCUUUGAACAGUGAAGAGGGUAUUACAUUACGGUCAGUUGUCAGUGUGGACAAAGACAAGCCUGUCUACCUCAUUAUUCAACGCCCUGAGGCAAUAAAUUGUGGGAAGAAAUGUCAGAGGUACAGCCUGCAAAGAUCUGUCAGCAGUGAAAGACUCAAUGGGGACAUGAAAACUAGGGAAGCGCUUGAACUUGAAGAGGGAAUGGACAGUGGUAACUCUUCCCACACUUCGUUGUCCUCGUCUGACAAGAGGGAUGCCCUCCUGCCCAAAAGCCUAGAGCACAGGCUCUCAGCUCUGGCCAACUCUGGGAAUGUUUCCCGUCUGGAUACCCUUAUGCCGAGACUUCCCUUCUUGAGGAUCCUGAUUUCUGGCAGUCAGGCAGAGACACUGGCCACCUCGCUCGUGGGGCCAAGCAUAGGCCAAGCGUUGUCAAAAUCGAACGAUGUUGGUGUGUAUUACCAAGCUUGUUUGAGCCGAAUUGGCUCCAAGCUCUCCUUGGCCGGAUCACAGGAAGAACCCAAGAAGUGGGUAACGGAACUCUUGGAGUCUGUUGCUGGUAAGAACAACUUGAAACCCAAUGCCUUGAGUGAUCGCAUUGAACUUGAGAUCAUAGCCUUGAAGUCUCAUCCCUUCUCAGCCUACUGUCAGCACAUCCUUGCAACUGCCCACUCCAUCUUUGUCAUUCAGUUUAGCUGCCACGACUUCCUCAGUAAUGAACGGUCAGUCCUCCUUGACAUCCAAAGGCGGUUGAACAAGAUCCGUACCUACACGUCCAAUAGAGCCCCAGUCUAUCUGGUAAUGAGCGUUGACAAUAGCUUGCCAUCAGACCAGCUUACUGCCAUCGGACAGAGACUUCACAGGCAGUUUGCCAAAGCCUUUAUGAAUCAGCUCCAGUACAACUCCACCACCAACUGCCCAUGUUUCCAAGUUGUGGGAGCCAACCCAGCAAACGUCAGCCGAUCAUCCACUGACCUCCAUCGUCGAGUGGAUGUAGAGUCGAAUUCUGACAGAGGGCAGUGCCGCAUCAUACCAUCCAAGAAGGGCAACAGCCUGGACGUCAGCUACUGGGCUGGAAACAGCAUCCCAAUGGGCAUCAUUAACCCACAGGAUAGAGGUUUCGAGAUGAGCAGCCUUCGAGACCACAUUUUGCACCUCGCUUUCAAGCAGCCAUUCAUCACAGAUUGUUACCCCUAUCUCUACCUCCUGCAUCGGGAGAGAGUUCACCGUCUGAAAGAGAACGGCCUUCACUAUGCUUUCAAAGCAGGAAUCAAGAAGGAAUGUCAGGAAAUUACCUCAGAGAAGGAACUGCAUAAUUUGCUUUCUUUCCUUCACCACUGUGGAGACAUAAUAUGUGCUGAUUUCCUUCCGUGUCGAAGUUCCAACAGCACUCUGUUCAGAAUAACCAGUAACAACGUGUUACUGGACCGUUACCAUCUCAUCAUGGCUACCAAACAGUUGACGACUAUUCCUAGCCGCUCUGAACAACAGGACCCCCGCUUUCCAAACUCUAUGCAUCACUGGGAGGAACUUGGGCAGAGCUCUCUCGCCUCAUCAGCAUUCCUGGAACACCUACUGCGUUACGACCCCAAGAACGACCCAGGGAAUCUGCUGACCACACUGGGCCUAAUGGGUCUUAUUCACUGCCUGCAGCAACCUGAGGCGGAGUCCACCAAGUACCUAGUGCCAUUCUUCCUUCCUCAGGAGGCGCUGACCACCUCCCCUCCUCGUCAUGGCUCCUCCUCUUCCUACCGGUUGUGCCUGGACUUUCAUGGCAGCCUACCCGACGCAUUUUUCCUAGCAUGGCUGGUGCACUUGAUGAGGAAGGUCUUUGAGACCCACGGUAGAUGGCGCAUCGAUGGGCCAAACUCAGCACAGCUGAGCCUAGCGAAUGACUGCGAGAUGGAUGUGUCAUGUGAUGAGGUGGAGAGCCUCAUCACAAUCUCAGCAAGGUGCGGAGUGAACUACAAUGUGCAUGAUCUUCUCGCCUUGACCAGCAACAUUGUAGAUCAAAUGAGAUCCACAUAUAUCAAGUCAAGUGCCCAAAUCACUAUAGGCCCACCUUGCCCCUUGCAGCCCUACUACUGCAAAGUCAGGGCCGGGGAACCAGAGAAGACGCAUGUGAUAGAUAUUGCCAACGGCAAGGCACCAGGACCACUGUGGUGCGGUGACCAGCAAGUGGACUGCUAUCCAGACGUUGACCAGUGGUUGCUCAGAGCGACCAAUAUCAUGCAGUUGUCUUCAUCUCCCAGCAAUUGUCCCUCACCGGUCAGUCUAUGCACUCACAUUAAGAAGUUGCCCCCAGCACUGUUUGUCUGGCUCUGCAAUCGACUGAAUGCGCCCCCUGUAGGCAGAGAUUGGCAAGGCCUAGCAGGUGUGUUGGGGUACAAUCUAGGGGAUGUUACUGUGUUUAAGAUCCAUCGUCAAAGUGUCUCUGAUCCUUGUUACUCUCUUCUCCUGGACUGGGGUCGUCAUGCCAACGCCACCCUAGGUGAGCUGGUCCAUCUCCUGCGAGAAAAGCCAAUGGAGAGGUUGGAUAUUCUGACAGACAUGAUGGAGAAAUGGCUGAUUGUACAGUGAGGAGAUUCCUCGCAGGAAGCCUGGAGAUAAGAAAUCUUUCCUUUAAUGGCUUAUGACGCAAAUGAUGAUUUCUCAAUUCAGUGGUCCAGAUGUGGAGGAAAUUUCCAUUGCAGAACACGGUGGGAACUUAGUGGCCCGUUUUGUAGACUGUGGAUUCGCCAGUGAGAAACUUAAGAGAUGGGAACAUUUGCCUUGAAGGACACCGUAGAAAAAGGAGCAGAAAUCUUGAUACCUCCUGUAUCAGAACAGAUGUGAACAUCCACUUUGGAAGCCAGGAACAGUUCUGCUCCACACCUUCAGAGCCUUUUCCUUGGGGAAAAAUCCAAGAUACUUGGACAACCUAGAAGAGCAGGAUGUGGGAUAAACCUGUAUGGAUUUCCAUGCAGUACAAAUCCAGUGUUUCUUACUGUUAGAGUAACCAGUAAUUUCCCUGCUGGCCAGGUAGAACUUUUGAGUACUGUGUACUGAUUACAUGUACCACUAUGCUUAUUGAUGGAAGAUUGUUUACUAACUUUGUUUCGUGGAGUCCUCUAUCGUCUUCUUGAAUACCAACAUUGAAUGCUGUAACUAAUUGAUUGAUCGCUUAUCUUGGAUUUUCAAUGCAAGUCCCAAAUAACAGGUAGCUACAUGUAAAGUGAUAAACCAAGCAAGAUGAUCUGUAGGCAAAUCAAGUUGGCUAUAUUAGUUAUGCAUACAGUGGCAGGUGCAAGAGUGUUUGGGUGCCUCUGUGGUUUUUUCUUAUGCAAAUUUCAUAAUUCAUGCGCAAAAAAUUGUUGAUGUCAUUCUAUAUGUAAGCAGAAACCUCAAUGUUGCUGCUAUUUCUACACAGAAAGUUUUUAUAGUUUUAUAUUUUGUUUCUGGUGAGUUAUGUGUGUGUAAGAACAUGGCGUUGAGCUGGUCUCGCAGUCUUUUCAGUUACCAAAGUUUGGGUUCAAAAUUGGAACAAAAAAUCCCUCAGCAUAACAAUAUUUUCCCCAAAUGACAUCACAGCAGCAGCACAUGCAGUUGUCAGGAAAAGCAUGGAAAGUCUGAAAUGUUUGAAAAGGAAAAAGCACUUUCCAAAACAGUUUCCGGAAAAGGGGAUGUUAGUUUAUCUGUUCAUUCAAGAGAGGUGGAAAGUUGCAGAAAAUGUGUUUCAGAAAAAUCCAGUUAAUUUUCAUACACAUCCCCAAGGGGUAAGGGUGUACUUCCAAGCCAAAUCUACAGCAUACAGUUGGUUACUUUCCAAACUGGAGUAAAUAUUUUCAUGUGAAAUGCGACAAGUUUAUCUCUUUAGUCAUUAGGUUUAUACCUUGCUGUUUGGACAUUGGGACAAUAUCGGUAUACAUGUAAUGCUUGCGUGUGAUGUUGUUAUUCAAAUGCUUAUUGUUGAUUGCUUUUGUACUGAUUUUCUAUGUACAAAAAAGCUGAGUGCAUAUAGUAUACCAUAAAUGUGCUUAUCUUACACAAGUUUCAUGUAAUUGCUUGUUGUUGCAUCCUUGUAGAGACAUAAGCAUGUCUCUAGAAGGGAAAAAAGUGGUCAUUGGUUGAGUGGACAACUUCUGUGGUGUGUUUUGCAGCUAGUCUAAAAGACAGAGAAUCAAUUUGCAAAAGGGCAUUUUGAAGACAUCUGGGUAUGGGGCAUUAUCAGAGGUUGCAGUAAUUCUGUAAAGAUCACACUAAUAAAAUCCUGUUUCAUGGAUUUCCUUGUUUUGUGUAUUACCUAGAAAGAAAUUCAGAAGAAAAGAAAAUAUGGCUAAUGUUUCCAUAAAAUGUAAUCAUAUCAAGCAAGGCUCCCUGCUGGUGGACACGAGAUAGAUGCACUGUGACAAACCUGUGCAAGGAUUUCUACUUUUUUCAAUUCAGUUCAUAUUUCAACAGGAAAAGUCUUUGUAAAUGUACAUAUACUUUUGAUACUGUUUCUUUCCACUAAUUAAAAAAAAACAGGCAUAGAAACAUCAGAAUCAUUUUUCCUUUAAGUGUACUUCAGACAGACUUCCACUUCUGGUAUUUUUUCCUUCUGAGGGGGGAGUAGUGUUGUUGUUCUGUAUACCAUGCAAAUUGAAAUUUUGAUUGUAAAAGAAAAAUUAUCCUUUUUAAUUUUGAAAUUUUGUAAAGUUCCACAAGAAAUUCCAUGCACGACUAAAGGCAAUUGACAAUGAAAAUGAUCAAUCAACCGGUGUCAUUUUCUCACAAAAUGAAGUUUUAGCUAUUUAUAUGAGCAUGCGAUAGCUAAAUAACUUUUGGUAAGAAAAUAGUGUUUGUUACAUUUGACAUGGUCUUUUCAGCAUGGACUUUGUUAUCUCAGUAGAGUUGACAACGUACAUGUAUAGAAACCAUGGAAAAUGCCACAUGGAAUGAUGUGAACAAGUUACUCGUACCCUGACUCAAGCAAGAAAGUGUAUCAGUCUGGAAAAACCCAGCUCCCAUAUUUCAAUUUUUUUUCCAGUGAAAGAGCUUUUAAAAAAUUCAUGUGGAGUUGGAUAGGAGGAAGUAGACAUUUCUGGUUGAACGGGAAGUUGUGUGCCAGGAUUUCAAUGUUAGUGGCUCCGCAGGGGAUACUUAUUUAGGUCACAGGUCAGAGGUCAGUACUUAUAACCUUUUCCAAGGACAUGUACUAUUCAUGAUCAAAUGCUAACAAAAGCAGGUUUAGGUGAAGCCAACCAGAUCCGGUAAUGAAGUGAAACCAGAUUUGGAUCUCAAGUGACUGGUACCUACAUAUGCACAGAUGUUCAUUAAAUCAGCUUAUCACUCUGACUCAUGGCAAGUUGCCAGCUUCAGCUGAACCACCCAGCAUUUACAAAAAUCUUCACUUAGAAUGCUUUGAGGUGCUGGGAUCUCAUAAAUGAUGUAAAAUCAGUGUUAUUUCACAGCUUUUCAGUUUUCCAGACGAUGAUUGUACAGUCACACAAUGUAGAAAGUUGAGGCUAACUCUUGUAGUUUCCCUUCAAACCAAGCACCACAGGUGAUACCAAAAAUUGCAUCCAUAUACAGUAUGUGUAGCCAUGGUUACUCUGCAUCAUUAAUGGAAAAACCAAUGACUUGUGGCUGGAGUACCUCACGGACAUAGCCACAGCUAUUGUCCUGUUCAAACAUUCCAACAGGACAUUUCAAUUGUGAGGCAAUGUAUCAAGAGCCUUAGUGUAUCUAAAUAUAGAUUUAUUGAGGUACAAUUUUUUUGUUGUUUUGUAAUCAUGUUGAGAGUGACAGUCUUGACAAUGCAGUCCUGAGAAUACGGUCAUACGGUAUGCCUAUUUAUAUCUUUUGUGGAGGAAUUUCUACAUUAAUUUGGUUGUAUCACAAGUGCCUCGAUUUGCUCAUGUUCACUUUGGCACUUUGACCCCCAAGUUAUGGUAAGCCCAAACUCCUUAUGCAAAUUUUUCUCACAAGAAACUUUCCUGAUUCCUCUGAAAUACAGCCCAAUGUAAAGUAACACAAUGACUGAGCUCUUCCUCCAUCUUCCAGAAACCCUUCCAAACCAUUUUGAAGGAUUUGGGAAGGUUAGGAAUCACUUAUGUGACAAACUCGUCAAGUCUUCCUAACGUUCCUAACUGUAAUGUAAUAUUCAAAAAUUCACCAGAACCUCUUCUGACUUGUUGCACCUGUUCUAUCCAAUACCAUUUAUUUGUAAUCUUCAAGUGCCUACAACACCUAGAAAAAUUCCCUCUACCUCGUACAGUUUAUACUCAUCCCCAACAGUUUUUAAAUCAAGCGAUACCUAAUUUAUAUUUGUAACAUAGAAAAGAAUUAUUCUUAAUGAUACAAGUGAAUAGUAAAACCAAUUAAAUUGAGAUGAUUUUGUAGAAUAACAUAUUUACAACUACAGCAUGUUGCUGCUGUAAUGGCUUGUUGUACAAGGCCACUUUCUCCAAGGUCAGAACUGAAUAUUUACACAAAUAAUGUUUUAUUUAAACAUGCAAGUGUUAUUGGCACUGCCUUUAUAAAUAUUACUGUGUAAUGUGUAUACUUAGUAGGAAGGAAAGAACACUUAGCACUUCAUAUUUCAAAAUGUACAAAUAAAUUGAUCCCAAAAUGGAUUUCAGUCAUCCCAUUUCACUCCGUGGGUAAAAAGGAAGUUCUUAUCAAAAAUUUUAAUAUGGACACUUUAAUGCAUACACGUAUCAUUGUAGAUAAUAAAAAAAUGAUUGUCGAGACAAAAGUGAUGCUGUGAAAAGGUGUUUAUUUUGAAUUAAAACAGGAAUGUCAACA